AUGAGUGCCCUGACCCUGAGUCCUCAAAUGAUGUCUUUCCCAAAGUUCAUUAGGAAAUCAGAACAAUCAACUAGAGGUUUGGACGGUGCUUUCCCUCCAUUCAAAAUUGAACAUAGAUACAAGAGUGUUUAUGAAAGAGCUGGAUUUGAUGUCAAUAGAGGAGGUAACAACAACAAUAGUGAUUCAAAAUCAAUGACUUCAAGAAAAACCAGUCGUAAUCAUUCCCAAAGUAAUUUUGGUAAUCCUAAUGAAAGUAACACAAGAUUACAAGAUCAAUCUCCUUCUUCAUCUUCAUAUCAAAAUACUCCUGUAUUGCAGAAGAAUAGAAUACCUUCAUUAGCUUCUGGUGGUGCCAACACCAGAAACAAUUCUCCAACGGCUUCUUCCCACUCAAGCAAAUCCUCAUCAGUCAAUUCAAAUUUCACCAACUCAAAAUCAGCUAGUUCUCAUUCUACUUUUAGAAAUACUGAUGAAUUCAGUCCUGUUUUUGAUCAACCUUUAACUAGCGGUUCUUCUACAACUACUUUCUUCAACAAUGACAAUGAAGCAAAAGUAAACUCACAAAAUUACAAUCCUCCAAUAAUAUCAAAAAAUACUACCAACAUGGCCAAUGACGAACCAAUUCAAGAUCAAUUCGAUUUUAGUCCAACUUCAAAUCAUUCACGCAAUCAAAAGAACUUGAAACUUGAUUUGAGCAAUAAUGACAACAUUUCUGAUACACAAAGUUUACCAGGUAUAACAAAAGUUGUGUCACAACAAAAUACCAUCACCAACCAUUCCAUGCAUUCCGUUGCUUCAAAUAGUUCUGCACAAACUCAUAAACAAGCCGAACAACCUCAAGUUCCAAGCAUCACCAUUAAUGAAGAAGACGACGAACAACAACAACAACAACAACAACACGAGAAUCAAAAGAAUGCUUCUGCUGAACAAGGCUUUCAAGUGUUACCACCACCUGUACAAAACAAUGGAGCACCAGCUCCAAAAUUCGAUCCAAGAAAACAACGUAGUAUUAGAGGUCAAACAACCAAUCCACCACAGCAACAUCAUCUUCAACAACAACAACAACAACAACAAGGGCAAGGACAACCACCAAGGAAUCCUUAUUCUUCAGUCGGUCAACAAUCUAGAAACGGAUCUACAAGUAGUUUGACACAUUCCGCUCCUCAUCCACACCACCACAAUAACUCUAGACCUUCUAGUCCAAGCCUUAGUGCUGUUGGAUCCAAUGUACCACAAUUGCCAAUGAUUUCAUUGAAUAGUCCAACUACCGCUUAUAGACCUUCUCAACGUCCCCAGUCACCUGUAUUGCCAACUGGUUACCAAUCAAGACAACAACCUCAAUCUCAGCCUCAAAUACUUCAAUCACAACCAUCAUAUCCAUCACAACCACCUCAACCACCACAGUCACAGUCACAACCACAACAAGCCGUAUAUAAUCCAUUUAACCACCACCAACAUCGAAAACAAGCACCUGGUGGAUACUACAAUCAACCUCAAGAACAAAUUGUAACACCUAGAUCUGCCAGACAACAGGCAACAUAUUCACAAAUCAGAGAUGAUAAGUUAUCAUCCGCGUUGAAUGAUUUCAAAAAUGAUGUUGAAAUCCAUAAACAAGGAGGUAAUAAAUCGCCAACCCAUUCUAAUAGUUCAUUGGAAGAUGAGCUUCCAAGUUCUGCAUCACCAUCUGAGUUAGGAUUGUACAAGAAUGAUUCAAAAGAAGAUUACAGUAAUGAAAAUACUAGAUUUUCAUAUGGUACUACCAUGAACUCUGGCAUGAAUGAAAACGGUAAAGGUUUUGAUCCAUCAGCACAAUUUCAAAAUUUUACCAGUCAACAAGUAGCAAAAGAUGCAAACCUAAACAAUGAAUAUGCUGAAUUCUUAGCAACUCAAAAUGAUGAACCAGUUUCUGGUGUCCAAGAUAACAAUGUCAAAAACAAUAAACAUUUAUCUACUGUUAGUUCGAUUCUUUCAAAGGAUUCAGGUAAUAGUGACGAUGAUGACAUAGAAAGAGAAUUAGAAAGACAAUUGCAAAGUUUGAAAAUGUCUGGAAGUAGCAUUGACAUAACUAAGGUUACAUCCAACAAAUCUAGAAAUUCCUUUGGUUAUGGUAACAAUGGUGGCAUUAUCCCACUGUUCAAUGUUCAAGAUGUUGAUGAAGUUGCUGAAGAGGACGAAGAAGAAUAUGUUAAGCCAUUGAGUAUUUCUGGAAGCAGUUCAUAUGUUGAAAACAAGCAAAGCAUUGUUGAAGAUUUGAACGAUGAUGACUUUACUAGACCUUUGACUACUCAUUCAUCUACUGAAAGUAAAGAAGAUUUGCAACAUGAAGUAAGUCAACCACAAUUGGAUUCACCUAGUCUUCAUAAAAAAGUUCAAUUUGAAUCUCCACAGGCUGAAUUUUUCAACGAAGAAGAUGUGACCGAGGAGACAAUUAAAAUUGAAAAUAAUGAUGAUGAGUAUGAAGAAGCAGUUAAACCAUUAUCACCAAAAACUCAUUCUAUUGAACAAGAAUUACAAAAUAUGAACUUCCAAAUUCCUGAAACAGACGAAUCUCCUUCAGUUUAUAUUCAAGAUUCUUUUCCACAAUCAACCACUGAAACUCAACCACAACAGCAAGAAGAAGAUUUUAUUCAAGAUAGAAGUUUUACUUUUCCUCCAGAAUCUGUUUAUCCUGUUCAAGAUCCUAUUUUAGAAGUCGAACAACAGCAACAAUUAGAACAGCCACAAAAUCAAACACCUUAUCCUACUAAAGAGUUAUCUCCAGAAUUAGAUCUUGAAGAAAAUGAACAAAGCAAACACGUUGAACCAACAAUCUAUGCAUCAGGUACAGGUCCAUGUCGUGCUUGUCAUGGUACCAUUGAUCGUCAUACUAAAGUUAAACCACUUAAACCAAUUUUCUCCAAAACUGGAGAACUUUCAGGCCAAUGGCAUAGACAAUGUUUCACUUGUACAUCACCACAAUGUUCUAUUCAAUUUUCCAAGAAUGUUCAAUGUUAUGUAUUUAAUGAUCAUCCAUAUUGUUUUGAACAUUAUCAUAUUUUGAAUAAUUCUGUUUGUAAAUCAUGUCAUGUUGGUAUUGAAGGUAAAUGUAUUUCUAAUGAAUUGGAUGAAAAAUGGCAUUUACAAUGUUUGAAUUGUACCAAGUGUGGUAAUGGUAUUAGAAGUGAUUAUUUUAUAAUUAAUGGUAAUAGUAUCAUGUGUUCAAGUUGUAAAGAAAAUAAUUCUGGUUUGACCGUUGCUGAUAGAAUUGAAAAGAGAAGAACUAGAAUUUAUAACGUUUGA